UUUAAUCAUAAUCAUUACCUGAAAUACAUAUUAUCGUAUCCUACUGAUAAACUCAGAAAAUGGAGAACGCAUUGGUCAAAACACCAUUGAGAAAGCUAAGAAGAAGAAGAACAAAACGGGUCUGGAGAUUGAAGCUGAAGCUGAAGCUGGCAUGGAAGUCUAUCAAGAUCCGUGUCAAGUCACAUCUUCCGGCUUUCUUGGCCAACAAGAAACACUUCUUACACAUUAAAUCACGAAAGGAAGAACAGGAUCUGUCUCAAGUGGCCCGGAGGAUCUGCAAAAUCUCCAACGACUCGACUAAAUCGCUGGCGUUUUUGCUUCAGCUUCCUAAAUACUCUGCCGCGGAUUUCCUGGACCGUGGUGAUCUGAUGACUCCAGCUGCCUCUCCAAGGGAGAACAUAUCCAAAAUGUGGCGUGAGCUUCACGGUAGCAACAAUUGGGUGAAUCUUCUCGAUCCUCUGCAUCCUUGGCUGAGGAGAGAAGUCACCAAAUAUGGAGAAUUUGUUGAAUCCGUCUACGAUUCACUCGACUUUGAUCCUUUGUCCGAGUUCUGCGGAAGCUCUAGGUACAAUAGGAACAAACUCUUCGAAGAGCUUGGUUUAACCAAACAUGGUUACAAGGUAACCAAAUUCAUCUACGCGAUGUCUCAUGUCGAUGUUCCUCAGUGGUUCUUGAGCUCAUCUGUGGGAGAGACAUGGAGCAAAGAUUCGAACUGGAUGGGGUUUGUAGCUGUGAGUGGAGACAGAGAGUCGUUGAGGAUCGGUCGGAGAGACAUUGUUGUGGCGUGGCGUGGAACCGUGACUCCCACGGAAUGGGUCAUGGAUCUUAGAACGAGUAAAGAGCCGUUCGAUUGCAAGGAACAACAUGGGAAGAACGUGGUCAAGGUCCAAAGUGGAUUUUUUAGUAUCUAUACCUCAAAAAGCGAACUCACACGGUACAAUAAAGAGAGCGCAUCUGAGCAGACGAUGGAGGAAGUGAAGCGGCUAGUGAAGUUUUUUAAGGGUAGAGGCGAAGAGGUGAGCCUAACCGUGACUGGCCAUAGCCUUGGAGGUGCGUUGGCGCUUAUGAAUGCUUAUGAGGCGGCUAGAGAUGUUCCAGAGUUAUCUGGUAACGUUUCAGUAUUCUCGUUUGGUGCGCCAAGAGUAGGUAACUUGGCAUUCAAAGAAAGGCUUAACAGUUUAGGUGUCAAGGUGUUGCGUGUGGUGAACAAGCAAGACAUUGUCCCUAAGCUUCCUGGUAUCGUGUUCAACAAGGUUCUAAACAAACUUAACCCGAUAACUUCAAGGUUCAAUUGGGUCUACAGGCACGUUGGAACACAGCUAAAGCUCGAUGUAUUCAGUUCGCCUUACGUAAAACAGGAUUCGGACUUAGGGAGGUCUCAUAACCUCGAGGUAUAUCUCCAUGUUUUGGAUGGCUUCCACAGCAAGAAAUCAGGGUUUAGGGUGAACGCGAGGAGAGACGUUGCUUCUGUGAACAAGAGCACAGAUAUGUUGUUGGAGCAUCUAAGAAUACCUGAGUGUUGGUACCAAGUGGCACAUAAGGGUCUGAUCCUCAACAAGCAGACUGGCCGGUGGGUGAAGCCGGUCCGUGCGCCAGAAGACAUUCCAUCUCCCUUAUCGACCGGACCAAAACCGAUUUAUAGCUUAUGAGAAAUUAAUCAGUUUCCAUUCCAUUCAUUCAUUCGUUUCUUGAAUUGUUUUUCUUGCGAAUUUUGAUUAGAACAGUUCUAGUCGAUCAACAUAGAUCAAGUUGUGACAAUAACGUAUAUAUGUUUGAAGCUAUAUUAAAUACAUGUUUGC